CUCGCCGCCGCCAUGAGUGACACUUCCACCUACAAGUUCAACCACACCAUGCUCCGGGUCAAGGACCCGAAGCGAUCCGUCAAAUUCUACGAGCAUCUGGGCAUGAAGCUCAUCAACAAGCUCGAGAACCCUGACGCCAAGUUCGACCUGUACUUUAUGGCCUACGACGAUCCCAAGUCUGUCUCCCAUGGCAAGCACUGGACAGACCGCGAAGGCCUAGUCGAGAUGACCCACAAUUAUGGUACGGAAGACGAUGACAACUACACCGUGAACAACGGCAAUGGCAAGGAGAACCGCGGUUUCGGCCAUGUGUGCAUCAGCGUCGACAACAUCCAGGACGCCUGCAAGCGUAUCUCAGACGCCGGCUACUCGUUCCAGAAGCGUCUUGAAGACGGCCGCAUGCGUUCCAUUGCUUUCGCCCUGGACCCCGACAAUUACUGGGUCGAGAUCAUUUCUCAGAACCCUGUCAAUGAGACCGAGGGCAAGAAGUCGGAUGUCUCCACCUAUCGCAUGAACCACACCAUGAUCAGAGUCAAGGACAAUGAGAAGUCUCUCAAGUUCUACCAGGACGUUAUGGGCAUGACCCUGCAGCGUACCUCUGAGCAAAAGGAGGCUGGCUUCACUCUCUACUUCCUCAGCUACGGUCCCAAGGCUCCCGAGCAGUCUGCUAAUGGCGUCAACCCAAUCGCUGACCGCGAGGGUAUACUAGAGUUGACGUUUAAUCACGGCUCUGAGAAGGACGACAGCGUCAAGUACCACAACGGCAACGAUGAGCCUCAAGGAUUCGGACACACCUGUGUCUCUGUCGACGACCUCGAUGCUGCAUGCAAGCGUUUCGACGACAUGGGCGUCCAAUGGAAGAAGCGUCUGACAGACGGCAGAAUGAAGAAUGUCGCCUUCAUCCUUGACCCUGACAACUACUGGAUUGAAGUCAUCCAGAACGAGAAGCUCAAGAACAGAGCUAGCUGGUAGACUCUUGAUUGAACCAACCUAUAUGGGAAAGCGCAAUUGGAAGCGCAUAAUUGGUCCUAUAAACUGGCAUAGUUUUGGAACUUGUACAUGAAAUGACACAAAAGGAUACCAAUGUCUAUAACUUGACUGUCGAGAUGCGCGACAACUUUCCGAUUUGGAGACCGACUGGUGGUGGAGACCCGCUAUCUUGCCCUUUCUUGGACACGACUGAUGCGUCGAAAUUUAGCAUGCGUUUUGACAGCUCCUCCCACUUCCUAUUGUGGAAUUCAAUUCUUUCCCUGUGUUUUCUGCUC